AUGACUUUGGUAAAUUCUACACGCGUUCCAGUUAAGGGCUAUAACCUCUUAUUAACUCUUUCAAAUCUUGUCCUUGGAACAAGAGUCGACAUUAUCAGAGUUAUAAAAUCCUUUUCACCUCCAAGAAAAUGUAAGGGCACAGAAUUACCAGAAGCAAAUAUAGGCAGCAUUUUUGUGGGAACUGGACUCAGGUCUAUCCAUACUCGUAGUCAUAGAUUAGGAAAGACUAAUGAGGAUAAAAAAUUUGGAUUAGAGAAGUUGUCAUUAGAAGAGGAUAAAUACGCUUAA